AUGAACGUGACGAGUGUGGACUUCAGCAUGGACAUGCUCCCCAUCCGCCAGUCGUCCACCGUAAGCAUCGGCCGCAUCAAGCCCGAGCUCUACAAGCAGAAGUCUGUGGACUCUGAGGACGGGACCCAGGAGCCGGUGGAGACGUGCGGUAAGCUGAGCUUCUCCCUGCUCUACGACUACGAGGAACAGGCGCUGAUGGUCACGAUUCUCAAAGCCCUGGAACUGCCGGCCAAGGACUUCACUGGCACCUCCGACCCUUACGUCAAGAUCUACCUGCUGCCAGAGAGGCAGAAGAAGUUCCAGACGCGUGUCCACCGCAAGACGCUCAACCCCACAUUCGAUGAGGCCUUCUUCUUCCCUGUGGAGUACGACCAGCUGUGCAACCGCAAACUGCACUUCAGUGUCUACGACUUUGACCGCUUCACCAGCCAUGACAUGAUCGGCGAGGUGGUGGUGGACAACCUCUUUGAGCUCUCCGACCUCUCGAGGGAAGCAGUGGUGUGGAAGGACAUUCACGCCGCGACCACGGUGAGUGGGCUGGGCCUCACCUAGCUGAGAUAGGUGUAGUACAUGGAGGAUAUCAGUAUGUGUGGAGAUUAUUGGAACAGUGAUCUCCGCAACUGAUCGUUCUGUAAGUCGCUCUGGAUAAGAGCGUCCGCUAAAUGACUCAAAAAUGUCAAUGGCAAUGAUGGUGGUGUAGAUUUCAGGGUGGAGCUGUGGUCAGUGUGUCGUAGUUAACAUCAGCAUAGUUUCAAAUGGGGUCGUGCACUGCACAUUAUCUGAAUUAUUUAGGGAAACACUUGACAAUGAUCUCUCCAUUUUCAAUUAUUUGAUUGGAUGAGGUUCUAAGUCCUGGAAUCAUCAGUGCUGUAUUACAUGACUGGUAAAUGGCAUGUGUUGCAUAACCCCAUUGCCAGGAACAGUGAAUUUAGAAUCCAAGCACCCACACAACACCUCCGAAAACUGAAGUACACACUGUAGACUUAAAUAUAGCCAUGGGCACAAUUCUCCUUUUUCCUCACCUUUAUCCCCUCACUGACAUACUUGAGUAUGAUAGUGCAGUUUUAUCUGAGCCCACACACUUCUUACGCCUCGGUAGCUUUAUCACAGUUUGUUUACUCAACAGUUUAUGAAUAUAUGUGUGUGUUCUGGUGGUAUUUAUUGUAUCUGAUGGUCAUGGAGAUGGAUUAAUGGUUCAUUAAUCAGUUGAUCUCUGAAUGGUAAACAGAACAAGAGUGGAUCAACUUGAGAGAAAGUGCACUGUGGAUUUCAGAUGAAUCAUCAAGAGCACAAUUGAGCCCUAACCUCUACAGGUACUAUUUGACUCUGGUAAACAAAGUAACACCAGUUUAUUUCACAUUAUACAGGCAGGUUUAGGUGGGUUUAAAGAAGACUGGGUUCUUAGCCAUUGGAGACGGACUGGCUGGGCAUUAAUGCAGUUAGCCCAUGUCAAUAGCCAUGGUGUUUACUUCAAUGUGUAGUUUGUCUCCAGGAAGUUUUUAUGUGUUACAUAAUGUUUACUGUGUGCUGUGAGGAAAUUACACUUUCAAAAGCUUGAGCAUCCAUACACACAACAUCAAGUUUACUGCUACUUUGACUGUGGUUGAUAGUGUUGAAUAUGAGAGCUACAAUUGAGAUGGGCUAUUGAAUAUAAUGUGAGACUUCUUUCAAUAUUGCCUACAGCAUAGAAGAAAAAUGUAGCAAUUAUUGUAAAUAUUCAUGCUUCUAUUUUGUCUCCCUGUGGUGUUGUUGAUGGUUAGACGUAUCUUUGGUCUGGUGUUCAAUUGUUAUUUAUGUCUAUCUUGGGUUCAUUUUAUCUCACUUUGCUGCAUUGUUUUUGUUUAUACUGUCUCUGGGCAAUUACAUUGCCAGAACUUCCCUCCAACAGAGGGGAAUGAGGUUAAGGAUGUUUGAAUGGAUAAUGACUCAUAGCAAAUGCAGUUUGCCAUUCAUUUUAUUUUGACAGUGUUUCAUUCCACCUUUUCUAAUUUACAUUAAUGAGAGUCCUUUCAAAAGUGGCAUCCUUUAUGCAAUUUAUUUGGCGAUGAUCAUUUACUUGGCGAUGACUUUACUUGUCACUGUCUGACAACAAUGAAUUGAUUAUUCUUGAGAGAAACUUGUUCUCCUGAUGUUUCAGACUUCUGUCAUGUCGUGCUCUGGUGUACCAAAGUAGUGUGUACUUUGUGUUACCUCCUUCCUUGAAUUCUCUUAAAAAAUGAGUAUGCAACUACAUAUGAACAGAAACAACACGGGAAAUUCAGAGGUUAGCCUAAUUCGAAAAACCCUCUGUGUAUUUACACUUCAAGCUAUUUUCAAUUUAAUGUGGAAGCAAAAUUGCAUGACAGUAAUUUGCCACAACAAAUGACAUUAAUAUGCCCUAGCCAUGCCUCACAUUCAGCUGAAGGUUAUUAUGUGUUGUAUUUCAGAACCUAAUUUCCCUGGGCUAGAUUGAUGUAUUUUUAUGCAUGUGACCUUUUGUGUCAAUAUCAUGGGUAGAAACAAGUCAGGGAAAUGGGAGGGGUGCCAAUGCCUAAAACAACCUGUGACCUGCCUAUGAGGGUCACGGUAUGUUUGAUGAGACGUUGAGUUUUUCCCGCCUUCAGUUGUUUGAUUGUGGGUGUCCGUGCUGAGGUUGACACAAAGGCAGUUGGAGCCCACAAUGGUUAGGUGGGUGGGGGUGGUGCUCUGGAACCCACCAUGGCUGGAGAGCUGUGGUGGUAUUGACUCUCUGUUAUGAUGUGCAGAACAUCUGCUGAAUGGCCAGAGGAACUGGGCUAGUGAAGUCCUAUUGGCUGUAUGAGAGAGCUUCUAGGGCUGGGAAGGCAUCCUCUGUUUCACAUGUUACAUUGUUAUUGUGAAACUCCUACAUGUCAAUACAUUGAUGACACUGGAAGACUUUGCACAAACGUAUCUCAAGUAAGGAUUCUGUCCUUGGAGAGCAACUCUUAUGCAACCCUUAUUCUAAGUGUAUUUUUAUAUGGUGACAUAGCUCUAUUUCUAACUACACUCUUAGUAAAAAAGGUACUAUCUGGAACCUAAAACGGUUCUUCGGCUGUCCCCAUAGGAGAACCCUUUGAAUAACCAUUUUUGGCACCAGGUAGAACCCUUUUUGUUCCAGGUAGAACCCUAUUGGGUUACAUGUAGAAUCCUUUCCCCAGAGAGUUUUACAUGGAACCCAAAAUAAUUUUACCUACAACCAAAAAGGGUUCUACCUGGAACCAAAAGGGUUAUCCUAUGGGGAAAGCCAAAGAACCCCUUUGGAAGAGUAUAUGUAAACACACUAAACAAACAUCAGUGCACUAGGGAGAUGCCUCCCAGUCAGUCCUCUGUGUUUUCUGGUUGGCCAAUCAAAUCUUAUCUCUGGAGUGCCACCUUAGGGGACUUUUUAUUGACUCCGAUUCAGUAUCAAUACAAGCACACCACGUCAGUACAUCAAGUAAUGUUCUUCUCUUUCAAGAGUCCAUCUGAUGCCCUUUGCUCACACUUUUUUGCCCUUUUGCAUUCAGUGGUGCUGCAGUCUAAACUGAUCCAUAACACACAUUGUAUUGGGGUGAUUAUUCAGGACACUAGAACAAAUAAAGACCGUAACUUUGGGGAUUUUCACAAAUUGUAAUCCAGAGAAUUGGUCCUUUGGAGGAAGAAUUAUUUACAUAUAUUUGACAUUUGUAUUUUAAAGCAUAUAUGUGAAAUUAUUAAUUGAAGAUGGAACAUUUGUGAAAUGUUGGCCUUACCCAGGCCUGUAGGUGCUACAAAGCUUGGUGUCAUAUGAAGCUUUACAACUUGCUCUGUAAUAUGAGUAGUAUUUUGGUUUCAAUAAAAAAAAUGACAUACAUUUAUGAAUGUAGAAAAAUACAAACAUUAAUAUUGAAAAUAUAAAAAUUUUGAUUUGGCACAAUUUUCUAUAUACAGUGGGGGAAAAAAGUAUUUAGUCAGCCACCAAUUGUGCAAGUUCUCCCACUUAAAAAGAUGAGAGAGGCCUGUAAUUUUCAUCAUAGGUACACGUCAACUAUAACAGACAAAUUGAGAAAAGAAAAUCCAGAAAAUCACAUUGUAGGAUUUUUAAUGAAUUUAUUUGCAAAUUAUGGUGGAAAAUAAGUAUUUGGUCACCUACAAACAAGCAAGAUUUCUGGCUCUCACAGACCUGUAACUUCUUCUUUAAGAGGCUCCUCUGUCCUCCACUCGUUACCUGUAUUAAUGGCACCUGUUUGAACUUGUUAUCAGUAUAAAAGACACCUGUCUACAACCUCAAACAGUCACACUCCAAACUCCACUAUGGCCAAGACCAAAGAGCUGUCAAAGGACACCAGAAACAAAAUUGUAGACCAGGCUGGGAAGACUGAAUCUGCAAUAGGUAAGCAGCUUGGUUUGAAGAAAUCAACUGUGGGAGCAAUUAUUAGGAAAUGGAAGACAUACAAGACCACUGAUAAUCUCCCUCGAUCUGGGGCUCCAUGCAAGAUCUCACCCCGUGGGGUCAAAAUGAUCACAAGAACGGUGAGCAAAAAUCCCAGAACCACACGGGGGGACCUAGUGAAUGACCUGCAGAGAGCUGGGACCAAAGUAACAAAGCCUACCAUCAGUAACACACUACGCCGCCAGGGACUCAAAUCCUGCAGUGCAAGAUGUGUCCCCCUGCUUAAGCCAGUACAUGUCCAGGCCCGUCUGAAGUUUGCUAGAGUGCAUUUGGAUGAUCCAGAAGAGGAUUGGGAGAAUGUCAUAUGGUCAGAUGAAACCAAAAUAUAACUUUUUGGUAUAAACUCAACUCGUCGUGUUUGGAGGACAAAGAAUGCUGAGUUGCAUCCAAAGAACACCAUACCUACUGUGAAGCAUGGGGGUGGAAACAUCAUGCUUUGGGGCUGUUUUCUUCAAAGGGACCAGGACGACUGAUCCGUGUAAAGGAAAGAAUGAAUGGGGCCAUGUAUCGUGAGAUUUUGUGAGAUUUUGAGUGAAAACCUCCUUCCAUCAGCAAGGGCAUUGAAGAUGAAACGUGGCUGGGUCUUUCAGCAUGACAAUGAUCCCAAACACACCGCCCGGGCAAUGAAGGAGUGGCUUCGUAAGAAGCAUUUGAAGGUCCUGGAGUGGCCUAGCCAGUCUCCAGAUCUCAACCCCAUAGAAAAUCUUUGGAGGGAGUUGAAAGUCCGUGUUGCCCAGCGACAGCCCCAAAACAUCACUGCUCUAGAGGAGAUCUGCAUGGAGGAAUGGGCGAAAAUACCAGCAACAGUGUGUGAAAACCUUGUGAAGACUUACAGAAAACGUUUGACCUGUGUCAUUGCCAACAAAGGGUAUAUAACAAAGUAUUGAGAAACUUUUGUUAUUGACCAAAUACUUAUUUUCCACCAUAAUUUGCAAAUAAAUUCAUUAAAAAUCCUACAAUGUGAUUUUCUGGAUUUUUUUUUCUCAUUUUGUCUGUCAUAAUUGACGUGUACCUAUGAUGAAAAUUACAGGCCUCUCUCAUCUUUUUAAGUGGGAGAACAUGCACAAUUGGUGGCUGACUAAAUACUUUUUCCCCCACUGUAUAUACAGUAUAUGCUCUAUGGACAUAUCAAAGUUCCAGAGUGGGAUCUGUGUUAGUUUUAAAGUUAUGGCCAAUUCUAUACAGAGACAUUGGCAUAGAGGCAAUGUAACCAGGGCUCUAAAUGAAAAUGUUUAGUUUGUAGCACUGGUGCUCGCAACUUAAAAAGUUAGGAGCACCACAUAAACAUUUUGAGAAACCAGAAAAUACAAUAAAAAAAUUGAUUGAGAUACAGCCUUUAUUGAGCCUAUUUGAAUUCUAACUACUUUUGAAGCACAUAUUGUAUCCUAUAAACUAAUAUGUAACCAUGUAAAGACAUUUGUUUAUUAUAAAAUCUAAAAUGUUGAUACAAAUACCUGCCAUUGAAAUUACAAAGUAAUUUGUGGAAUAUUAGCUUUCUACGUUGUGUAAACAGCACUGUUUCCUAUGGAGAUGCUCAGUGACAUUCAGUGAUGACAUACAGAUCUGUCAUUCAUGCAUUGCUAUUGUUGAUGAUCACAAGUUUACUGGAGAACGGAGACCAAGUAGAGACUUUCGGACAAGGUGGAUAAUUGUAUAAUAUAAGGCAGUUUAUUCAGAGGUAAAGAUAUCUGUAAAUAGCGUGCACGGACCCCUUCGUCAAUCUCGUAGGGAGAUAUCUGAGAGAGCGAGCCCCUAAACAUUGUGUGCUGACAUUUUAUACAAUAAAAUGAAGUAGGUUGAUUCUAGUAGUUCUGAUCUUCUGAUUGGUCCUGAUGAGUUGGGCGAGGUCACCUCCAGGCUAGUGUCACUGUUGCAUUGGCUCUGAGUCGGGUUCUCUGUCUUCAGAUGUUCAGCCUAAGAGAAGGGGGUUUUUGUGUGUGUGUGUGCUUAACAAUGAUGAUGUGUGUGUGUGUGUGUGUGCGUGUGUGUGUGUGUGUGUGUGUGUGUGUGUAUGUGUGUGUAUGUUUAACAAUGAUGAUGUGUGUGUGUGUGUGUGUGUGUGUAUGUGUGUGUGUGUGUGGGGGUGUGUGUGUGUGUGUCCUCAGCGCAAGAACUCGUGAGUUGGGAGAACUGAGAGACCUAUGGCGUGGGUGUUGUCCAUAGCCACCUGCUGAUAAGGCCGACAAGAUAGAAGUCUUUUGUGCAUUGUAUUAAAUACAAAGGCCCAACACAAGAUGGGUCAUGCACAAGAUUUUAGUCAGACCAAGCUAUAACAUUAUAUAUUUACUACGACACUAUGAUCAUUGAUCUCCUGAAGAAGCUAUCCCUUUUCCAUUCUUUCUGUGCCCCCAAAUGUUUGGAUAUACUGGUAAAGCUACCAGGUUGUUAACUAGCUAGCUAAUGAGGUAACAUGACUGAACAAGGUGUUAAUGGCCCGUGAGUAGUUUAAGAACGGCCCACAACAUGAGGCGCGUUCAUCUGCCCAGGUGUUGGCUACGUAUGUCAGAUCUUUCAAUGCUUGGAUAGGUAUUUUACGUAUCAGUUUACCACGUCAAUAUGUUAUAGUAAUCUGGUGCCCGGCGGCACAUUCGAUGACAUGGCACGCAACCAUUGGUUGAUGCAUGCAACGUCUGAGCAUGGUUAUGAAUGCAAAAUGCGUCCUGACAAUGGAGCUGCAUCCAGCUGCAGCGCCAAUGUACAAUAGAAGGAAAAAAUUGUAGCGCUGGUAAUAUGGGUCACAACUUUUGAACGGUUUGGGCAAGAGACAAGCAGUUUUCUCUGUAGUAAUUGUACAACCAACAGGGUCACGAAUCUCUCGGGCACUUGGACACAGCGGUACAGCGAAGCCUAAUCAUUACAACAAUUAUCUGGCAGGUUUUAUUUCUAGGUGCACUGGUGCUCCCAAAUAAAAAUUCACACAGCUAAAUAUUUCAAAGUGGUAGUGCUUUAGAGCCCUGAAUGUAACCAAUCACAGCCCUCCUUUUACUUGUAUCUUUGCACAUCCUGCAAAUCACUAGCAGUAGGCGACAUUCACUCUGUUGGUAAUGUUUACAAAUUGGAUUUGUUCUAGUUUCGUGAUGAAUCACCCAUUGUAAGAAAAUCUAUAUGUUCUCUCUCAGUUUUGAGGACACCUCUGGGUGUUCAUACUUUGUCUAAAGCAAUUUGGGCUAAUUGCUUUCCUAAAAGAGUUCUACUACAGCAACAGUGACCUUUCCUUGAUGCAGAGUGUUCUCCUUGUCUUUCUCCAGGAGAGUGUGGAUCUGGGGGAGAUCAUGUACUCUCUAUGCUACCUGCCCACGGCAGGACGGAUGACCCUGACCGUCAUCAAGUGCCGGAACCUCAAAGCCAUGGACAUCACUGGCUCCUCAGGUAACAACCACAACAACAACAAUACAAAACUCUCAGCCAUUUAGGCUGGACCUUAAAACAUGAUGGUUCUCUGAAAAACAAUGAGGGAUGACUGUAAAGCUCUAAAGGAGCAAGCAAUGAAUCAGAAGGCAGAGUAACGUGAGGCAGCAUGCUGUGCCUUAGAGUGGGCAGGGACAUACUUCUUUCAUGUGUUUUCACUGUUUGUGGUGAAAUUGUAAUAGAAAAUACAUUUGACUUACCUUGUCAAAACAAUAUAACUGAAUUUAGUCUAACUGAAUAUUUGAAUGUUGCCAUUACCUGCAAUCUACACGACUGACUUCACAGAGAUGCUAUUUGUGCAACACAGAUCCCUAUGUAAAGGUAUCCCUGCUCUGUGACGGACGGAGGCUGAAGAAGCGGAAAACCACCACCAAGAAAAGCACUCUGAACCCGGUGUACAACGAGGCCAUAAUCUUUGAUAUCCCCCCAGAGAACGUGGAACAAGUCAGCCUGUCCAUCAUGGUGAUGGACUAUGACCGGUGAGUAAAACUAUUAAAAGAAACACCCACAAUUCAACACAUAUGGUGGUCAUAAGCAUGCUUGUACAGUACAUACAUAGUCAACAAACAAGUUUUUAAAAAAUGUUUGCGUCAAAGGAGGUAGGCGGAAUGAGAUAUGUUCUAACUUUGAGUUGAACUUGAACUGAGGUGAACAGAACAUUUCACUCAAAUCCUGCAAUCUAAUCAUGACCACAUAAUUGACUGUAAUGACCAAACCUAGGUUUAGUAUUAUUUCAUCAAACUAGCAUUCAGCAUUUAGGUGUCAUAUUUCUUUGGUGCAGUCAAGAUAUUGUGUGUGUGUGUGUGUGUGUGUGUGUGUGUGUGUGUGUGUGUGUGUGUGUGUGUGUGAUGCCCACAGGGUGGGCCACAACGAGGUUAUAGGUGUGUGUCGGACGGGGCCAGAUGCUGAGGGCCUGGGGAGGUACCACUGGAACGAGAUGCUGGCCUACCCACGCAAGCCCAUUACUCACUGGCAUGCCCUGGGAGAGGUAGAGGACUGUUCGUUUUUUUCCCUCAAAGUAAGAGGAGGUACAAGUCAAUUGCAGGACUUUCCAGAGCUCCCCCAAUGCUUCGCUGCAUCACUCUGAGAGGGCAGAUAAAGCCAGCGGUUUUGCAGCCAAUCAUAGAGCUUGGGGAAAUAACCCUGUCAAUUUCAACAGAGAUGUAUAACACUGCAGCAUGAAAAAGAUGCAAGGAUGUUGUCUGUACUAGAAUAAAAUACCAAUUUGAUUCUAGAAAUGUAAGGGCUAGUUUGAACUAUACUGAACAAAAAUAUAAACGCAAUAUGUAAAGUGUUGGUCCCAUGUUUCAUGAGCUGAAAUAAAAUAUCCCAGACAUUUUCCAUAUGCACAAAAAGCUUAUUUCUCUCAAAUAUUGUGCACAAAUUUGUUUACAUCCCUGUUAGUGCUCAUUUCUCCUUUGCCAAGAUAAUCCAUCCACCUGACAGGUGUGGCAUAUCAAGAAGCUGAUUAAACAGCAUGAUCAUUACACAGGUGCACCUUGUGCUGGGGACAAUAAAAGGCCACUCUAAAUUUGUCACACAACACAAUGCCACAGAUGUCUCAAGUUUUGGGGCAGUGUGCAAUUGGCAUGCUGUAUGCAGGAAUGUCCACCAGAGCUGUUGCCAGAUAAUUUAAUGUUAAUUUCUCUAUCAUAAGGCGCCUCCAACGUCAUUUUAGAGCAUUUGGCAGCACGUCCAACCAGCCUCACAACCGCAGACCACCUGUAACCACGCCAGCCAAGGACCUCCACAUCCGGCUUCUUCAGCUACGGGAUCCUCUGACACCAGCCACCUGGACAGCUGAUGAAACUGUGGGUUUGCACAACUGAAGAAUUUCUGCAAAAACUGUCAGAAACCGUCUCAGGGAAGCUCAUCGUCAUCUGACUGCAGUUCGGCGUCGUAACCUACUUCAGUGGGCAAAUGCUCACCUUCGAAGGCCACUGGCACGCUGGAGAAGCUCUUCAUGUAUUAAUGCCGGUUUCAACUGUACCGGGCAGAUGGCAGACAGCGUGUAUGGCGUUGUGUGGGCGAGCGGUUUGCUGAUGUCAACCUUGUGAACAGAGUGCCCCAUGGUGGUGGUGGGGUUAUGGUAUGGGCAGGCAUAAGCUACAGACAACGAACACAGUUGCAUUUUAUCGAUGGCAAUUUGAAUGCACAGAGAUGCAGUGACGAGAUCCUGAGGCCCAUUGUCAUGUCAUUCAUCCGCCACCAUCACCUUAUGUUUCAGCAUGAUAUUGCAAGGCCCCAUGUCACAAGAAUCUGUACACAAUUCCUAGAAGCUGAAAAUGUCCCAGUUCUUUGAUGGCCUGCAUACUCAACAGACAUGUCACCCAUUGAGCAUGUUUGGAAUGCUCUGGAUCGACGUGCACGACAGCGUGUUCCAGUUCCCGCCAGUAUUCAGCAACUUCGCACAGCCAUUGAAGAGGAGUGAGACAACAUUCCACAGGCCACAAUCAACAGCCUGAUCAACUCUAUGCGAAGGAGAUGUGUUGCGUUGCAUGAGGCAAAUGGUGGUCACACCACAUACUGACUGGUUUUCUGAUCCAGGCCUCUACCUUUUUUUAAAAAGCUAUCUCUGACCAACAGAGGCAUAAUCUGUAUUCUCAGUCAUGUAAAAUCCAUAGAUUAGGGCAUAAUGAAUUUAUUUAAAUUGACUGAUGUCCUUAUAUGAACUGUAACUCAGUAAAAUCUUUGAAAUUGUUGCAUGUUGCAUUAUAUUUUUGUUCAGUAUAGAAGCAUUUAAAGUAAUUGGAGAGUUGGUGCCCUGAUAUCCACCCAGGAUGGUUGGAUGGGGGGACUAGCUUGAUUUCUACGGUGUGGUCCCAUAACUGGGGGCCACAUAUUAUGGUGGUGGACCAUCCCCUUUUCCUUGCUCUUCAGGAGUAGUAGAGAAUGUUUGUAGAUUGUGCUAUUAGAACUCACAAUCUAUGAACACAAGACGAUAUCCUUGAAAAAUGCAUGAAACAUUCCAAUCUUUAUUAUCCAGAGAAAUCCUUAUUGACAGUAGUUGAAUUUAGACCCAUCGAUUGCAUAGGGGAAAGACUUCACCUUGUGGUUGUGCAUUGAACAAAGAGCCUUGUCAUUCUAUUUUGCUUGAACAAAGAAACAAGAAUUGGAGGAGUACUCAGCCUAUGACAUGGCGCUCCUUUAAAUCUAAAAUACCUCAAAGUAGCCUAACAUGGAAAUAAGUGUUCUUAAUGUUCUAAACUGCUGAAGGAUAAAAAUAUAUCGUUAAUGCUUUCUUGAAUCCAGGUACUUUAGAAAAUUGAUAUUUAAACACAAAGCAAUAGUAGCUUUGGAGACCUAGCCAACUCUUGUAGAACUAACCCUUGUUAAUUGUCUGUUUUGUCCACAGUGGCCAGGAAGAGCGACAAGCUUUGA